AUGGGCACGGGCAUCCUGGCCUCGCUGCUGCUCUGGGCGGCAGCUGAGGCUGCCAAGGGGCGGUGGUGCGAGCAGACGGUGCAGGUGACGGAGGAGGAGGUGGUGUCCCCCCGGCGCGAGGACGUGGUGCCCUGCCCCAGCAUGUACCAGUACAGCCUGGCGGGCUGGCGGAUCGACCGGGACCGCAUGCGCCAGGCUUACGGAGGAGACCGCGGCGUUCCCCCCGCCACUGCCCAGCCCGACUCCGGCACCCCCAUGUGCUACGUCUACAAGCCCCCGGAGACGCGGCCGGCGGUGAGGAACCGCACGGUGCUCGCCUGCUGCGCCGGCUGGAGCGGCCCCCGCUGCACCGAGGGGGAAGGCUCGCUGGGACACUGCUACUCCGGGUGGCAGUGCCAGGACGCCCCGGGCGCCCUCAACCUCUCUGCC